AUGGGCCCCACCCUGGGGCUCCUCACAAGGCUCCCGAGCACCAGAGGCAAUGCCCGCGCCAGAGGAGCUAUGGGUGGAAAGGGCUGGGAUCCCAUCGCAGCCCCCGCAGAACCAGCACGGACACUGGGUUUGCAGUUGCCUGAGAUCCACUCUCAAGAGGACCUUACUUUUGACUCCAGAAUAAUUCCUACAAGCAAGCACCGCUUCAGGGCCUAUGGGGCUGUCCGGUUUAUAGGGAGCACACUUCCAACUGGUAUGGAAGGGGACGGGGAGCAGGAGAGCCCGAUGGUGCCGCCCCUCCUGGUGACCCACAGGGCACACAUGCACAGGGAUGGAGGUUCCUCAAGCUUCUCUGAGCUGCUCCUGCUGCCCAUGGGGUCCCCGGGUGCUGCCUGCCUGGAUUCAGGCCCUCAUCCCCACGCGGCCCAUGACAAAAGUACCAUGGUUCUCAGAAUGGCCGGGGCCACCACCAUCCCCUCCGAGUCCUGUGGGCCUCCUGUCUCACCUGGGGUCUGCAGCACCUGGGGUGUGGGCCGUGCCUGCAAAGCUAAGAGCGGUUGUGUGUGGAGAGAGAGCCCACAGCAGUGGUUCGCGAUGCCAGUUUCUCACGUUUCGCGUCUGCGUUCGGCGUCGGCGGCCCCUGACUCCAGCCACCCUGCAGCUGUGGCUUGUGUGCUGACCUGCCGGCCACCUGGGAAGGCUGCCCUGCUGUCCCCCUCUGGCCUCAAUUUCCCCACUUGUACAAGGCUCCUACAGUGGCUCUGGCUGGCUGCCACCCACUGCUCUGGGUUUCUGGACUGGGGCGCAGGCUGGGGCCUCCGGGCCUCUGUCACACACUUCUGCGAGGUUCCUGCAGGAGCCUCGAAGAUGCUUGGGUUGCCAUUGAAUGUUGACCCAGUGGCACAAGGCACCAGCCCUGUGCUGCUUCUCACCUCAACUCAACCACCUCGGAAUCCAUCCCUGGUGCCCUGUGUGGCUCGGAGCUUCUCCCUCGACUGGCUCGAGGCUCGGUUGGCUGCUGCUGCACCCCUGCCACCCUCUGGCCACACUGCCUGGAGGCUGCUCCGGCUCCCCACGGCUGCCCGCCUUGUCCAUGAGACAGCCUGCUUAUCCCUGUCCGUGACUUGCAGUGAUGUCUUGGGCCGCACGCUGCCCCUGCUGCCUCUGGUGAAGGUGGCCCUCAUGACACUGACGCUCUUCCCGGUCCGGCUCCUGGUUGCCGCCGCCAUGAUGCUGCUGGCCUGGCCCCUCGCACUUGUCGCAUCCCUGGGCUCUGCGGAGAAGGAACCCGAGCAGCCCCUGGCCCUGUGGAGGAAGGUUGUGGACUUCCUGCUGAAGGCCAUCAUGCGCACCAUGUGGUUCGCCGGCGGCUUCCACCGGGUGGCCGUGAAGGGGCGGCAGGCGCUGCCCACCGAGGCAGCCAUCCUCACGCUCGCGCCUCACUCAUCCUACUUCGACGCCAUCCCUGUGACCAUGACGAUGUCUUCCAUCGUGAUGAAGGCAGAGAGCAGAGACAUCCCGAUCUGGGGAACUCUGAUCCGGUAUAUACGGCCUGUGUUCGUGUCCCGGUCAGACCAGGAUUCUCGCAGGAAAACAGUAGAAGAAAUCAAGAGACGGGCGCAGUCAAACGGAAAGUGGCCGCAGGUAACGCACGCAGCCCUGAUUGUGUUUCAGUGGUUUUAUUCUGAGAGAUGCGAACUUCGAGAGUGGGGGGGAAGAAACCGGGGCCCUUCCUCUGGGGCUGGAUUCCGAAUCUCUUCUCCUAACCUGUUCUCCGGGGUUGGGUCAGAGCCACGUGGAAAAGCCAGUACCUCGCUUGGACUGGCACCGGCCGCCCUGCCUCUGGGGCCGUACAGAGUGUCUGGGCUUUUAUGGGAGCUGGGUCGAGGAAGUGUGCAGUCGCUUGCCUACGUGUGCCGCCGUGGUUUCCGGGCCUGUGGCCAUCCUCCUCCUGCUCAGAUGCACGUGCUCUCACCCUCCACCCUCCUGGUGCAGCAGGCAGAUGAACCAGAGAUGCAGAGGGUGGAGGCGGCACCCAGUGACCAAGAAUCCACGUGCCCCCUCCACACUGGGCCCAUGCCUGGGCAUGGCCUGUGGGCAACCUUGAUGAAGGCUGAAAGUGGGCUGUGUUUCCAAGGCUCCCGGCAGAAGACAGCUGGCAAUGGGUCCAGCUGUGAGUUCCGCAUGUCACCCUCAGGCACAGAGUUCCGGCUGCCUCGAGUCACAUGUUCGGAAUCUCGCAGGCCCUCGGCACUAGAGCAGGAUCGGCUGACUGGGUGCCUGGAGACCCCUCCUGGAAGGUCCUGGGCCCACACCCUCCACAUGCCCACACCCCACCUGCCUGCCAGCUCCGAGCUCUCAGAGCAGAACGCAGACAGACACCAUCACGUGGACGUGGCAAGGACCUGGAGCAUGCUGUCCUGCGUGGGCUUCCGUGGUCACACCACUGUUCCUUUCUCGGCAGGUGCGUUCAUCCCGGGAGCACCCGUCCAGCCUGUGGUUUUACGAUAUCCAAAUAAACUGGUGAGUUGUGUUUUCCUGGGCCAGGGUCCCCGGCAGCUGGAAAUCCUGUGGCUCACGCUGUGUCAGUUUCACAACCAAGUGGAAAUCGAGGUUCUGCCGGCCUUGGGCGUCUCCGUAACGGACUACACGUUCGAGGACUGCCAGCUGGCCCUGGCGGAAGGACAGCUCCGUCUCCCUGCUGACACUUGCCUUUUAGAAUUUGCCAGGCUCGUGCGGGGCCUCGGGCUAAAACCGGAAAAACUUGAAAAAGAUCUGGACAAAUACUCAGAAAGUGCCAGGAAGAAGGGAGGAGAGAAGAUGGGUAUUGCGGAGUUUGCGGCCUCCCUGGAAGUCCCUGUUUCUGACUUGCUGGAAGACAUGUUUUCACUGUUCGACGAGAGCGGCAGCGGCCAGGUGGACCUGCGAGAGUGCGUGGUUGCCCUGUCUGUGGUCUGCCGGCCGGCCCGGACCCUGGACACCAUCCAGCUGGCUUUCAAGAUGUAUGGAGCGCAGGAGGAUGGCAGCGUCGGCGAAGGUGACCUGUCCUGCAUCCUCAAGACGGCCCUGGGGGUGGCAGAGCUCACCGUGACCGACCUGUUCCGAGCCAUUGACCAAGAGGAGAAGGGGAAGAUCACAUUCGCUGACUUCCACAGGUUUGCAGAAAUGUACCCUGACUUCGCGGAGGAAUACCUGUACCCGGAUCAGACACAUUUCGAAAGCUGUGCAGAGACCCCGCCUGCGCUGAUCCCAAACGGCUUCUGUGCCGAUUUCAGCCCGGAAAACUCGGACGCUGGGCGGAAGCCCGUUCGCAAGAAGCUGGAUUAGGACCAAGGGUUGCGGAGAGACGCGGCCCCUCCCGCGUGGCCAUCACCGCCAUGAGCCUCUUUGCGAGUGACCUCUGGGCUCCGCUCCUCACUCCUGCUGUCCAGGCACUGUCUUCAGCCCGAGUUCCAAGGGCUUCGGGGGCUGUUUGUGUCUUGUUCCUUUGUGAAGAGUCUCUGUUGCAGAACCGGCGCGUACUGUGCGAGAAUCGGAGGGCGCGCACGCGGAUCCCUCGCCUGGCUUGGACCCCGUGGGGUCAGGUUCCCUGCUGGGCUGGGGGCCCCGGUGCCGCCCCGUGUUCUCCCACGGGGUCCUGAUUUCGAGUCUCUGUCACAGCCUCUUGCAGCGGCAGCGUGCACCGGGCGGGCCUCCGUGCACACUCAGCACACGCCUACCACACGGAGCGUGCGCCUGCGUGUCGCUCUGGCACGAAACCUCCGUCUGCCUCUGUGGUUCCACAGCCUGGCAGAGCCGUCGCCUGAGUUUUCGGUGUUUCUACCUGUGUGCUGGAGCUCAUGAGUAUUUUAUAAACUCCAUUUAGGUACUUCAGGAAACAUGCAGCAUUUUUUAAAAAAUGAAAAUUGUUUUUCUACUUCAUUUUUCCUUUUAGGGUCAAAGGAUAUUUAUUUAUAGGCCUUUUUUUUUUUUAAUAUAGAAUCUGAGGCUGUUUGGGCUUUGACUUAAAUUUCCAUCAGGCCUCUCUCCAGCAGGUAAUCCCUCUCCUUCCGUUGGGUCCCCUGGGGAGGUGUGAACUCAAGGACCUGGCCCCAAAACACUUUUUCUGCUUUUCUUAAUCCUUUUCCAGUCCUCUCUUUUUUUUAUAAACGUUGGCAGUUUGGUGUUUUUGUUUCGGCAUAACGUAAUCCACUUCACUGUAGCCUAAA